AUGGGAUUGGACUUGCCCGAACUUCCAACGAUAUACAAGCUGGAUGAUGAAUCUUCGUUUCAAUCCGAAUCCAUAUUGAAAAAAACUUUUAACGAAUAUUCGAUGCUUGGUAAUUGGUGCGAUGCAUGUAACAAAUUUUCUGAGGAAACUCAUACUCACACAUAUUGCUCCGAUUGUGAUCGGGUCUAUGAACCAUUUUGCGAUUUGUUAAAGAAUGAAUGUAUUUGUGAUUUAAUACUGGUGGGAGUGUGUUUUCCGUUGAAAGAAGAUUUUGAAAAAUUUUUAUUGGAUAAUAAUGUUUCUGAUAUGUCAAAUCAUCAAUGUAAGGAUUUUUGCGGUUGCAAGUUUGUUUGUGAUUUAAUGCAUCCAAUUGGUUGUUCUGUUUGGAAUAAGAAAAUUGACUAUGAAAUGUGUAAUUGGCAUUCUAAUAAUUUGGAUAAUGUCUCACACGAUUGUAUAGGAAAGGUUUCGCAUGGAUUCGUCAAAAAUGAUAAUUUGUAA